AUAAAAAAAUAAAAAAAACUAUAAAAGUAAAUGUGUUCUAUAACAUAUCUCAAAUUUACAAAAAUAGGAAACACUGAGAUUUAAAAGUGUUCGUUUUGUCAUGGAAUUACUCAGUAGUUUGAUCAAUAAUGACGUCUUUGCCCAAACUGGCGAAUUUGCGCUUAAAAUCGCUCACAAUCCGUCGAAAAAAAGACGAAAACCCCGUGGAAAAGCUUCUAGAACCGAUCGAAAACCUCGAACCCUCAUCUGAAAGUGAUUUCAGCGAAAUUUCGGACGUUUUUGACGACUUCCACAAAGACAGCCACCUUAAACGACGCGAUUUAACCAAACACGAAGCCGAUAUUCUAACCAUGAGUGAAUUCACCGACGAUUUCAAGAGAACAAUGGCCCAAAUCCGAGACGACUUGCGUAUAAGUCACGAAUUUGGAUUAUACCAAGAAGAAACAAUGGAGGAACCGAAAAUUCCACCUCAAAUUCCACUCGAAGAGGAGGUAAUUGAAUUAGAGAGACACGAAUCGAGUGACAGCACGUCAUCGAUCACGUGGCAUUUACUGGCGGUGAAUCGCACCAAUCACAAGUUCGAAAUCACCCCACCCGGUUAUAACGCAUUUAACCAAACCGAAUCGCAUUGGUUGGAACGUGAGUCGGUUUCGUGGGACAAACUCGCGAAGGCUGCUCUUAAAUGUGAAGCGUGGCUCGAGCAGUGUUGCCAGGUGUAGUGAAAUUUCACCAAAUCUGGUGAUUUUUUAGA